AACAUUCGAAUUUUAAACCAGUCGCGCGGGCCGUUCGUAAGCCGAUGGAACGCUGGCUGUAAAAACGGAGUGCUCUAGUCAUUUAUUUUAUUUUUUUAUUAAAAAAUACUGCAGUUCCUUUAUUGGAUGAGUGAAAUUUCGUUCCGCGAAUUUUGACGUUUUAAGAUUUUAAGUUUGGACUUUCUGUGAUAACGGCGAUAGUUGAUAACAAAAUGGCGAUUUCUAUGAUGAGAAUCGGAUUUCGGUCGGCAGCAUUGAAUUUGGAAAGGAGUGCAGCCAUUAUAAGUAGUACCAGUGUAAAUAGUAGUCAAGUAAAGAAUUCAAUCCACACGAAGCCGCAAUGCAACGGCAGCGUGUGCUACCUGAAGGAGAAGCCUCGGGAACAGCGGGACCUGAUGGAGAGGCCUGUGAGCGCCAUCUGUCGGGCGUAUAGUAAACAACAUGGCCGCCCAGAGGAGGGACGGAGGAAGCAGGACAGCGAUAGUGAUAGCGACUCGGAUACUGAAUGCAAAGGGUUUGAUCGGUCGGAGUUCUGGCGGCGCAAGAUGCGCACGGUGCACAACAUACUGGACGUGGACAAGGACGGGCUGAUCUCGUAUAACGACUUCCUGCUGUUCGCGGAGCGGUUCAAGAACCUGGGACAUCUUGAUGAACAGCAUGCGCAGGAGUUUACGCAGAUUAUUAAGCUGACCUGGGAAGAGCAGUGGGGCGCGGUGGACCCGUACAACUUCGUGACGGUGGAGCAGUACCUAGAGGACAUGCACCACGUGCUCAACGACAAGUCUCUCAAAAAGAAGGCGCAUCGCUGGCUGCCUUACUUGUUUAAGGCGGUAGACAAGGACGCGUCGGGCUUCAUCUCAGUGAAGGAGUUCCAGCUGUUCUACGAGUGCCUCGGCCUGGACCACGAGCACGCCGCCGUCGCCUUCGCCGUCAUCGACACUAAUGGGGAUGGAAAGAUAUCACUGAAGGAGUUUGUCAAGCUAGGAAAAGACUUCUUCUUCACGGAAGACGAAACUAAGGUUUCCAAAAUGUUCUGGGGACCUCUGAAAGAGUAAACAUUUAGAAAUGAAACUAUUUUGUUUAGGAAUUAAGAAUCUGAGGACCAAGUUUACAGUCUAGAAAGACACUAAAUUAAUUGUUAUAAGAUUUUGUUUUUAAUUAUGACGUACUAAGUUAAAAAUAUCUGAUCUGUAAAAUGAUACUAUAUUUUUUUAUAUUGACUUAUUCUAGUUCUAAUGAAUAAAUCUCUGAAAAAAAUUAUAUACCUACUUGGUUGGUAAACCAACAUUUUUUUAAUUCAUUACAAAAUUACAAUCAUAAUGAAUAUGUUUUUAAUAAUUCCAAACAAAAGACACUAAUAAUGUUAAGAAUAAGUUAGAUAGAAUUAUAGAAAUGACAAUGAAUCUUACUAGAUCUUAAUUAGUAUAAUAAAAUGAUACUCAAAA